AAAAAUCAGAUUUAUGAUAUGUAUUUUUUUAUCGCUUUCCUCCAGGUGAUUUUCAUCAAUCUUGCUCUGUUGAUGUAAUCCCAGUAGUUUGAUAUCUCGCAUUACACGCCAGAGCAUUUUAGGACAUUCUAGAUAUGUUUCAGCAGUAUGAACUUGAUUAGAGGAAAAGUUGUAUGUAUUGUGUUGUAACCACAAAGGUUUAGUUUGUACUACGUUUACCAACACAAUACAACUUUAUUUUUUUAACUUGGAUUUCUUAAAUGAACAAUUUACUCUUUUUCUUUUAUCAGCGGAAGAAUAUUUUGUUUCACUUUAGUGUGAUAACAGAGCGAGGAAGUGACGUGAUAGUGUUGCAUCAAUUAUUCAUACGCCUACGUCAUGGGAAUAACAGUUGUCAUACCUAGUGUGUGCUAGAAGGUGAUUUGUGACUUCCACCUUACUUACCGGAUCAAUUCUCUGUGUGUGGUGAAUGUUUCUGGAGGGAUUAUUUUCAAUGACACUUCGUUACGAAGUAUUGGAACCAGGAGUUUGUGCCUCCACUCAGGCAGAACAGCUUCCUGUUACUGUGCGUUUAAAUUUAUGCUGAAGUCCUUUUAGGGAAUUCUUCAUUUCGUGUGAUCCUAGUGCAAAACAAGAUAUUUAUCCAAAGGUUUCUACAGCUGGCGAAAAUUGCCAGUGAUUUAUUUGAAAACAUGACAAGAAGACGGGAAUAUAUUUUCACAAGAAUCAACGACAUGGAAAAACCAACAGUACCCUUCUUCAUAAGAAUAACGCUAAAAGCUUGUAAUUCUCCGUCAGACAUUCUGUAAGACCUAGUAUUUAAAGGCCAACUAGGACGUUUUCUCGACAUAUUAUCGAUGUCCUGAGAGAAGUCUUCAAGUUUGUAUAGGGAUUAUUAUUUCUCUUCUUGCUUCAAGUUGUCACUAAAUCUACCCAGUAAAUAUGAGUUCCCCUUCUCUGGCUAAAAUCGUGCGCAGCAAAGCCCAUGGUGGGGCUGGGGUCCCCAAAAGGACGAACACGAUGCCUUCCAAUAUGAUGACUGUUUUGUCCAGAAUCAAGGUGGACAUCCCGCCUAACCAAGGGAAAGGACGUCGAAGGCCUGGCUCGACCAGGUACAGUUACAUGUCCAGUGUGUCGCAGGAGUCGGAAGGAAGCAAGCCAGCGUUUGUUGAUGUUGAGGAAGAAUUCUUACACGCAGCUGAAUUUGGUGACAUCCCAAACGUGAGGAGGAUUCUGGAAGACUACGCUGACAUCAAUGUCGACUGUAUCGAUGCACUUGGAAGAACUGCUCUCAGACUUGCUGUUAAAAAUGAACAUCUUGAGGUUGUUGAGGUACUUCUGGAGAAAUCAAACCAGCAUCAUAUCCAGGAGGCAGUGUUACAAGCCAUCAGUGCCGGGCAUACACAGAUUGCUGAGACUAUACUUAAACACAGAAGGUAUCUGGAGAUGUGGAAAGAGAGACGGAAACUGGGAGACACAGAUGGCUUUUACAAAACAGCUUUUCCAGAUUCGCAGUUCUCACCAGAUAUAACUCCAUUGAUACUAGCGUCACAGAAAAAUCAAUAUGAAAUUGUUCAACUUUUGUUACUACGAGGGGAAACAAUCAUGAAGCCUCAUAAAUUUAGUUGUGCUUGUCAGGAAUGCAGAAACAAAAUGAAAUUUGAUCAACUUCGCCUGGCCAAGUACAGGCUUAAUGCUUACAAAGGACUUGCCAGUGAGGCUUACAUUUCAUUGUCUAGUAAAGAUCCAAUUUUGACUGCCUUUGAACUGGCAGCUGAACUCAGGAGAUUGUCAAGAGUAGAGAAACAUUUCAAGAGUGAAUACAGAGAGUUGGCUGAUCAACUGAGUGAUUAUGUGGUCAAACUACUGGACAGAAUCAGAACGCAGAAAGAACUGGAACUUGUUCUUAACAAAACGGGAAAACCUCACCAGGAGAAAUUUGACAGCUUGGCCAGAUUUAAACUUGCCUUAAAAUAUAAAGAGAAGAAAUUUGUUGCUCAUCCCAGUUGUCAGCAAAGACUUGUUCGUCUAUGGUACAAUGGGAUGGGAAAACUUGAAAGAGCUACAUGGCCCAAACGCCUGACAAUGAUAGCUUUAUUUCUUUGUGCAUAUCCCUUCUUAAUAUUUUUACAUGUGCUUUGUCCCAACACUAAGGCAGCCAAAAUUCUUCAGUAUCCAGCCUUGAAGUUUGUGUGUAACGCCAUGUCCUUUUUCACAUUCCUUCUUCUUAUUGUGGUUUCCACCAUUGAAUCUUCACAAACUGUUAGCAAGUAUCGAACUCUUCGGUCAGUGUAUCCAGACAGGCACUAUGUGUACACACUGUUCUGUAAUGCAACAGCUGGUUCCUACAUUGAGGACUUACCACACGAUUUUCCACUGAGACCAAGCUUUCCAACUAUAACUGAACUACUGUUGACUGCAUGGAUCAUUGGCAUGGUAUUUCAAGAAUGCAGUCAAUUAUUUCACCAUGGUCUAAUGGAACACCUCCAGGAUUUUUUUAACCUUCUUGACAUUCUCCUUAUCACCACAUACAUUGCUACCUUCACUCUCAGGUUCUGGACUAUGUAUAAGUUCCAUGCAUCUCUGGCUUUCCUGUCAUACGAAGAGAACAUUGCUAAUGAAAGGAAAAUGUUAGAAAGCAUCUAUUGGCUUAACACAGAUCGCCUUUAUUGGUCCCCAACUGACCCAAUUAACUUUCUUGAAGGAAGCUUUGCUGUUGCUAACAUAUUGAGUGUGGCCAGGAUAGCUUACCUCCUGCCAGCCAAUGAAAUCCUGGGACCACUUCAAAUAUCUCUAGGUCGAAUGUUGAAGGAUAUUGCCAAGAUCUGCGCUCUGCUUGUUGUUGUUAUAUUUGCCUUUAUGGUUGGGCUCCACAACCUCUACUGGUACUAUGAUGAACGAGAUGAUAUCGAGCUAGACUAUCCAGGUCGACCAAUUGUAAAUGAUGUGAAUGCUCAAGAAAAUUUUGGAGGUGUGAUAGCUUCAUUCCGAACUGUCUUCUGGGCCAUGUUUGGGAGAGGUGAGCCUGACGCUGUCAAACUUGGUGGUUAUAAUAACACUUUCACAGCAGAUAUCGGCUACUUUAUUUAUGGCAUGUACAACAUUGCCAUGGUGACUGUCUUGCUCAACAUGCUCAUUGCCAUGAUGACCAGAUCUUUUGAUUUGAUUGCUGAAGAUUCAGACAGAGAAUGGAAGUUCUCUCGUAGUUUGCUGUACAUGGAUUACAUAAGCUAUGGGGGCACCUUGCCUGUCCCAAUUAAUAUCAUCGGAGCACCGAAGGCUUUUUUCAAAAUGUUAUUUUGUGGCUGCUGCUGCUGUGGAGAAAAACAUCCUGAGACAGAAGAUUUGGAUGAAGACAUUGAAGAUGAAUCACCAAUGUAUUCAUCAAGAAAUCGUCCAAUACAAAAUGGCAGAGGACAUGUUGGAAAGCAAGGGUCUCUGGAUGACCCAAGAGGGUAUGCACAUCACAAUAAUCAUCAUUUGGAGACUACAGAGGUGAAUGGAAAAGUCAAUGAAGCCUUUGAUGGUACACCAACUAAACCAUCUCGUAAAAUGCCAGCUACAAUGGUGGAGGUUGAAGCAACUGAAGAUAAAUUAACUUAUCAACAAACGAUGCAGAGGAUUGUUCAAAGAUAUAUAUUUGAUAUACAACGAGAGGCAGAAGUGACUGAAGAUGACUUUGAUGAAAUCAAACAAGACUUGUCAAGCUUUAGAUAUGAUCUCCUGAACCAAAUGGCAAAUAAAAAUAUAGUGGAAGAAGAGUUAAAGGCUCAGAUGGCAACUAUAUUGGCACAACUACAGAGUUUGAAUGAAGAACUCUUAGGUAAAGAUGCUGUAAAAACUGUUAAAAAUUUUGAAAAGAAAGCUGACACUAGCAGACUAAGACCGACAGACCUCAACAUUCCUGUGACUUUUGCCCCAGGGUCACCGGAGGACAUUGAUGAAAACCCUGAAACCAUCAAUGAAGAUCCUGAGAAAGAAGAACAGGAAAAUGAAGAAACUUAGUAUGACUGACACAAGUUAAAUUUUGUGCCUAAUAGACUUUGUUGUUCAACAUACUUUCACAUAUAUAUAUAUACAUAUACAACAACAACUGUUAUAAUAGUGAUCUAAAAAAAAAAAUUUCCAAUGCAAGAUUAUUUUCAUAUUACUCUCCACUUAUAUUAUAUGCAUUUUGUGACAUUAUAAAUUAUUGUUGAUGUUACAUGUAUUUCUGUUACCAAAAUAUUUGUAAAAAGGUAUACUUUAAAAAAAAAUGUUUCAAAGUUGAACCUAAAUUAAGGAGUGCUGGGAACAUCAUGAUGCACUUAAAUCUAAUUUGAAUGUAGUCUUUGUUUAUGUGUAAUGAAGGUGCACAAUAAAAAAAAAUUAAUUAAUUUUUUCAAAAAUUGCAUUGUGUAUAGUAAGCUUUUAUUUUUUAAUGUCCCUGCAUUAUUUCUUCUAUUUUUGACUAAUUCAUUUUGGCCUAACUUUAGUAAUCAGAACCAAAUCACAACUAGACUGUUAGCCUGGAUGAAAGCAUAAAUAGACAUUGACCUGGAGGAAAUCACAAUUAGAGAGUAUCCUGGAGGAAAUCACAAUUAGAGCGUAUCCUGGAGGAAAUCACAUCUAGAGAGUAUCCUGGAGGAAAUCACAACUAUAGAGUAUCCUGGAGGAAAUCACAACUAGACAUUAUUAGCCUGGAUGAAAUCACAACUAGAGAGUAUCCUGGAGGAAAUCACAACUAGAGAGUAUCCUGGAGGAAAUCACAACUAGACAUUAUUAGCCUGGAUGAAAUCACAACUAGGGAGUAUCCUGGAGGAAAUCACAACUAGAGAGUAUCCUGGAGAAAAUCACAACUAGACAUUAUUAGCCUGGAUGAAAUCACAACUAGACAGCUUAGUCAUUUUUUAACCCCAUAAUUUAGAGGUACUAGUGUUGUCAAAAUGUUACACCUUACAAAGGAUAACCUUUAAACUAUCCUCAUUAUUAUCUAAGAGUUCAUAUCAUGUCAAUGUCCAUCCUUUGCCAUUCUGCAGAACAUUUUGAGUAAAAAUAUAUAUCUUCAUUUCUGAAGGAACAUCACAAACUUCUAAAACAAAACAAAACAAAAAAAGUUUCAUGCUCUCCUUAACAUGAUAAUGGAACAAUUUAGACAAUAAAACUGUUGAAUAUCUCCUUCUAAGAAAUUAUAUCAGAGAAUAAUCAAUCAUAUAGACCAUAUUUACAAAAUCUAUUCUCAAAUAUUUGACAUUUUAGCAUGUAAAGAAGACAAGCUUUAUAUAAUAAUAAAUGUUAUUAUUAAUGUUUAAAUGUAAUGAAGGAACAAAAUCUCAUGCAUACUUUUGCAGCUAUUAUUGCUACAGGCAAAUUGAUGGUAUUUAAAACAACAAAACAAAUUUUACUAAACAAGCUUAACUACUAAUGGCAUAGGAUUCUUUUGUAGUCAUAAAGCAAUGAAGAAAAUUUAAAAAAAGAAAGCAUGUUUUUAGUUGUUAGUAAAUCACUUUUUUAACUGAUUGCAAAAUAUAACUUGUUUAAUAUGUUCUUAUUUACCUUAUUACAAACCAAUAACAUUGUUAACAUUUUUUUGCUCAUAUUUGUGAUGUAGUGUACAUUUUAUGUGGACUUUACAGAACAUAAUAAUUCAGGAAUAUUUAGAGUUGAAAUAUAUGCUGUCUUUCUCUCUCUCUCUCUCACCUAUCCUUUUUCUCUCACUAUCUCUCAUUUCUUAUCCCUCCUUUACUUACUCCCCAUUUUCUUUUUUGAAGUAAUGUCUGUAUUACAUAAGAUAAGAUUACUAUCUUUGUUAUUUUUUUAAAUAUAAUUUUCAUGUCAUAAACAAAAUAAAUUCUUUAGAAAUAUUUUAUUUCUAUUUGUUUUUUGUCUUAGUUUUGUAUACUUUAAUUCUUCUUUCUUUUUAUCUGAUGAAAUUUUGCAUUACUUUGAAUGGGAUUUGAUUUCGGACAAUAAUAGUAAAAUUUUGCUCGCUUUUACAUGUAGAUUAUUGUCGUCCAUGGCAAUUUAAUCUAAAAAAUAAAACAAGGCACAUAAUCAUUACAGUAAUGAAAAAAAAAAUUUAAAAAAAAGCAAAGAGUGCACAUUACCCAUUAUGACAUAACAUGUAAUAGUAGUUAACUAUAAGAGAUUUCAUUGGGCUACUUGCAAUAUAUAAUUUAAUCUGUUUAUUUCUUGUGUGAGGCAUUUCAAAGCAGGUGAUGCUAAACUUGGUGAUUUUCAAUUCAUGUAACUCUAAAUAUCUUGCAGAUGUAUAACCUAAUGGUGAGGCGUGUAAUAUCAUUUCACAUAGGUAUUACUAAUAUUUCUGUGUGUAAUGUUUUUGCUUUUGUAUUUUUUCUUAUGUCUUCUGGUUUUAAUUUAAUAUUAAAAUUUUUUUUAAAAUCAAUUUUUAUUUUUUGAAAACAUAAAAACUUGUUUUUAAAUAUUGUUUUAGUAUUCUGUGAUACAAUUUUUUUUACUCACUUUAUUUUGUAUUUUUAUAACACUUUUUAUAUCUGAUAUGACACACCUUAAACUUCUUUCAAUUAUUUAGUAAUUUUUGUGAUAUUAAGUCAAUGUAAUAGGACAUACUGGAAGGGGGGUGUAGUGUCAAGUACACAAGACCCAAUGAUUUAUGGGGGUUAUAGGCAAAUUUAAAUUAUGCAUAGCUUAUAUAUUUUAUUCAUAAGACAGCUCAAAGGAUUUUCCUAAAAAUUGCACUACAUAUGUAUAUCUUUGUGGAAAAAAAUUCACUAGCUAAUUUUUCCACACAGUGAAGGUUUUUCCAGAAAUAUUAUAUGUACUAAGGAUACUAUGAUUAACUUGCUUAUAAAGGUCAGGUAAUUUUAUUUAUCCAAAAGCUGCAUAUAAUAUAUGGCUGGCUUUGUGUCUAAAUUUGUUCUUCCAUUUUCUUUUAAAAAUAGUUUUAAAAUGUUUACUUCAUAAAAAUAUGGGUAUUUGUUUUAAUUCCAACCUAAAACUUUUUAUUUUUUGGUUUAGUAUGCAUUUUAGUGGUUCUAUUACUACAGAGAAAAAAAAAUAAUGUUGACUAGUAAAUUCAAGAAUGAAUUAAUACAGACUUCAUCUUUAGUAGUAGACAGUAAAGCUAUCAUUUUAUUACGUCACAUCUUUUCAAGUAGUUAUCACAAAACGACCUUAAAUAUUGACAUAGUAUAUCACAACUAAAGUAAAGUUAAAAGUUUGAUUUUAGGAUCUGUUUGAACUGUGUAAAUACAACAAGAAUAGCACAAUUGUUUUUCUUUAUUAGGCGAUUGUCCAAGAGCAUGAAAGGUUGUAGCAAACAGCACAAAUUUAUAAGAUACUAGGUCAGAAAAAAUAUUUGCCUUUGUUUGUUCAAUAUUUCUUAAAUCAUUUUGUAUUUUGCCUCUUAAAAAAAAAAAGAAGAGCAAAAAAAUUUUAAGAUUCCUUUAAUUGAAAUUAUAAUGACAUUUUUUUACAAGUUAUUGUUGUACAUAAAUUUAGGAUAUUUAUUAUAUGCUUAGAAAAUAGAUUAUAAAGUUUUUUUUCUCUGAAUCAAAAUCUAUAAAUUAGAAAUUAAAAUUCUAUUUACAAAGGGAAGAAAUAAUUUUAAUAGAUUUUUGGAAGAUAUUUUGUUGAUUUUUUAAAGAUCUUUUUGCACUUAAAUAGCUUUUAUUUAUUAACAUUAGACAUUUUUUUUAUUUAUGAUAAUACUCAACUAGUCAUAACCAAAAUGAUUUUAUAAUUAUGCACUCACAAUCUAUUAUAUGUUGAAAUCUACUUGGUAAUUAAAUAAAGAGGUCUUUCUCAAGGAAAUGAAA